AUUGGACUCAAUCCUCAUUCUGAUGCUGGUGCCCUUAACAUGCUUCUUCAUGUCAAUGAAAUAGAAGGCCUCCAAAUAAGAAAAGAUGGAAUGUGGAUUCCUAUUAAACCCAUCUCCAAUGCUUUUGUCAUCAAUGUUGGAGACAUUUUGGAGAUACUGACCAACGGGAUUUACCGGAGUGUCGAACAUCGAGCCACAAUUAACCGAGAAAAGGAGAGGAUUUCCCUUGUCACAUUUCACAGGCCUGGAUUGCACAAAAUUAUAGGCCCAUCACCAAGCCUUAUUAAACCUGAAAAACCAGCAUUAUUUAAAAGAAUUGGUGUUGCAGAUUACUACAAAGGAUACUUUUCACGCGAGUUACAAGGGAAAUCAUACAUUGAUACCAUGAGAACUCAAAAUGAGAAGGGUAAUAAUAAAAGCGCAUAG